CCCUGCUGCCGCUCUUCCCCGGCGCGUCCCUGCUCCAGCUCCGGCGCCGCGGAGCUCCUGCGCGCGCAAGUUGCUCUGGUGGCCGUCGCGCUGGUCGCGUCCCCUCCGGUCUCCUCCCUCAAGCGCAGCUUCUUCGUGCCCGUGAUGGGAGAUCCUCGCCCAUGGCGCUCGGCUGCCCAGCUCCGAGCUCCUCCCAGCUUCUCUGCUCCAGCCCGGCCACCCUCACCUCAUCCCCUUCCUGACGCUCGUCCUCGGCUCCCUCUCUCGUCUGGUGGCUGGUGCGCGCAGGCGUCGGGCUCAGGGAGUCCCUGCGUGAGCUGGCGCUGUGGUGGGCCGGCGGCGGCGAUGGAGGUGCUGGCUGCCGCUCCUCGUAGGCGUUGCCUUCAGCCUUCCUCGCCGAGAUCGCCUUCCUCGGCCGCCUCGACAUGGCGAAGAACGUCGAGGUGGUCGAGAGCUGCACCACCUCCUUUUACCGCUGCUCCUCCCAUUGGGGUGAAGCCGUGGGUCGAGGCGCGGUCCCGUGGUCAGGCGGCGACGGCGAGGGUGAAGAGACCCGGCGGUGCGAGCAGCGGUUCGAGAGGGAGGACGCCGUGCCCUACGACCGCGACGUUGACAGGGAUCCCGGGCUUGUCGGUGGCGCAGCCAAGGACUGGAGUAAAUGCUACAUAGGUUAUGAAUUUGGUUUUCUUUUCUGCCAGUAAGAGACCUGAUGCUACUUUUGGAAUUGCACCAGAUCCUUCUGUAGAGGGUAUCCUCAGAUCGAUGGAGUCAUCUCAAUAUUAUUCAAAGAAUAGUAUUGAUGUGGCUCGAGGGAGAGGGUACAAGAUUGUGAUUACAAUCAGCCUUUCUUCAGACGUCCCAGUUGGCUACUCUUCAUGGGCUGAAUAUGAUGUUGUGGCACCUGUGCCUCCAAAGACUGAAGAAGCUCUUGCUGCAGACUUUAUUUCUAACCGUGGUACACGGAACUUUCGUAUGC